CCCGGAUCUUGCCUCCCCUUUCCCCUCUCUCUCUCCCCUCCAAUCACCCCACGUCUCAUCAUGCUAACUAUCGUGUGCAUCUUCCUUUCUCCUCUUCUUCUUCUUCCCCAUUGCCAUUGUAUUAACCAGUACCCACCAUAUAUACAGGCCAACGCUAUGCCAUGUAUGAUUUUGAUCGUCUCUGCUAUCCUUUCCUGCUACAUAUAUACUACAGUUCCACCACACCAGCUUCGUAUACCCUUCGUACACACACGCAUGUGCAAAUAAUUACUCCUUGCUCUUAAUUUUGGAUUUGCUGUGAGCAGUGCGUGCUUCUCUCCUUGCUCUUACGCAAGCAGCUUUGUGCGCACGCUGCGUUGCGUUGUAUAUGGGUGGUUCUUCGUGGGUGCGCACCAUGACGUCGCCGUUCCGGAAAGCCUGCACCAUCUUCGGCCCACCGCCGCACAAGGAGGGCAAGAAGCAGCCGCAGCAGCAGCAGCCCACCUCAGCGAUGAUGCAUCACAUCGUGGAGGCCGAGAGGGCCAAGCUGCACUGUGAGGUGAUGGCGUGCGCUUACGAGGACGUGCAAGUCAUGUGGUCCAUGCUCGACAAGGCGAAGAUCCAGGAAUUCAAUGGCAGCUAGCUACAUCGUCACGACCAGUGGAUCCGCAUAUGCUUGCAAGGACUGUGGACGGAUGGACGACUUCCGGUUCCAAUUUUCCAGUCAUGUGAAGCGACCGCGCCGCGCCCAUAGAGGGUUCAAUCAAGCAGGCUCUAGAUCGACUCGCUAGCACACACAGUUUAAAAAUGUAAUAUCAAGAUACAAAGGUUGAAAGUAUAUUACAUCGCAUUGAUCUGGAUUUAAUAGUA